AUGAGCUGCAUCUCUGCGGCGCGUUGCAGUUCGCCCGAGUGCGUCCGUGAUCCGGUGAACACUGGACAUGGGUGUCGUUGUGGCUGCGACUGCGAGAUGCUGACUUGCUGUGUCGACGUGCCGCCUCCGCCCACCAACCGAAAGGUGUCGGGCAUGAAGAUGGAGAAGCGGUGCAAGGAUGAAGCAGGAAGGUGUAUACAGUAUAGAUGUCGCUUCAGUGCUGCUGCCAACCAACUGGAGAAUUUCUGGAAGCCGCUGGUGAACAAGAAGAAGGCAUUUCGACAGAUUUCCUUGGUUGCUGGCCACACGUCAUCUUGCAGGAGGUCGACAGGCAGCUCGGCAGUCAUACGGGCGCACUACACGAGCAGCUCUUCGUCGACUUCGUCCUCGUCGAGCAGCUCCAGCUCUGAAGUCGCCACCGGCCACUGGACCAAGACCAAGCGACCGCCCGCCAACAUGACGUCCGUCCGCGGUGAGCGCACCAUCUAUCGUGAGACUGAUGUGGAGAGAGAAUACGAUCCGCCGCGCAGCUCAUACACCACAAUCAAGCGCUACAAGGUUCCCGAGUCCAUUGCUCGCACUGUCUACGAUAACGAUGAUACCACGACCAAGGACAAAGUCAUCAUCAGGCGCACCGAGCGCCGCGACUCUUCGCCUUCGCCAGCAAGAUCGACCCGCACUCACAAGAGCCACAAGAGCCACCGUCAUCACGACCAUGAUGAUGACUACAAAACUGAGUACAAAGUGACGGAGAAGAUCACGGAGCGCGAACGGUCCCGUGCGCCGAGCUCUCAAAGUCACAGGGACGACGUUGAUAUCAAGAUCACGAGGACCGAGCGUGAGCGCGAUCCAUCUCCACGACGGGACAUUCGAUAUCGAACUGUCUACCGAGACUAUUCGCCAGAGAGACCGAGAAGCGAAUAUCGUGUGAUCGAGCGCGAUACCGAGAUCACACGAGCGCCUUCUCCGCCUCCAGCAGAUCGAACAGAGACCAGGGAGUGGAGGUUUGAGCGAGAGCGCUCAUUCUCUCCGCCGCGUGAGCGAGAACGACCCUACGACAUUGAGCGUUACAGCAAGAGCACCGAGUACUUCCAAGCGCCACAGCCUCAGCCCAUUAUUAUCAGGGAAUCCGCACCGCAAGCACCGAUCAUUAUCCGAGAAGAGCGCCGAGAGCCCCAAAAGAUCAUCAUUCGACGUGAAGAGCCACAAUACGAGUUUAUCGAGAAGAAAGAAAUCGUCGAAGAGACCAAGGAAGACACCAAGUCGCUUGUGAAGCGAGAGGAGCCACCACCCCCAGUUCCAGUCCCAGUUCCAGAGACCAAGCCGGAAGAAGAUUACUUUUAUGAGCGCAGAGUUGUUGAGCGACGCCGACGAAGUGAAAGUUAUGACCGUAAGACGGAGCUGCGACCUAGGGACAGCGCUUCGCAAUACAGUAGCGACGAUAGCUACGAAUACGUGCGACGUGAAAAGGUCACAGACGAAGACGAUCACCGACACCACAAGCGUCAUCUGGCUGAGGGAGCCAUCGCUGGUAUUGGCGCCGCUGAAAUUCUGAGACAUCACCGCAAGAGUCAGGGCGAGGCCACAGGUGGACGUGGUCGGAACGCGCUCGCGGGUGCAGCACUCGGCGCGGUUGGGACUGAAGCGAUCAGCAGAGUGCGAAGCAUGCGCUCCCUUCGUCGCAAUUCCCGAAGCAGAUCUCGAAGUGACGAUGGCGAGCCAAGGAGGCGCCGUCACAGGAAGCAUCGCUCGCGGUCUCGAUCAAAAUCGCUUUCUCGUAUUCAGCAGGUGGGUGGUCUCGCAGCAGUUGCCGGCAUCGCCGCACUGGCUGGUUACGCCUUGAACAAGAAUAAGAACAAGGAGACCAUUAUAGUGAAUGACGGCCACCGACGAAGAAGUCGCUCUCGCAGACGCCGCCAUAGUGUGGAUACGUACAUUUCCGACGAGGAGCGAGAGCAUCGUAACCCUGAACAUCGGAAUCGUCGCAUUGCACAAGCAGGCCUGGCGUCUGCAGCAGCCGCUGGUAUCUGGGACAAGGUUCGUUCGCGUAGUCGCGGCGGUCGAGAUCGCAGCAAGUCACGUCUCAGAACCGGUGUUCCGAUUGCAGCAGCAGGACUCGGUGGUGCUGCUCUUGCUGGACUGUACGAGAAGAAUAAAGCAAACAAGGAGGCCAAGAGAGAUGCUGUUAUCGAGGAUGAGAUUGAUCGUGGCCGGCAUAGGAGCAGAAGCCGGUCGAGAAGUAGGUCUGCACCCGCUCCCUAUGGCGAUGAUAGACGCAGGAGUGUUGACGGACGUCCGGGCUUGAUAGCAUACGGCCACGAUCCUAUCUAUCCUGAAUCCCACCGCGGUCAAUAUAGCGAUGAAGAACCCGGACACUACCGACGUCGUGGUGGCAGUGGCUCCAGCUCUCCAGACACUCGAAGACGUCGAAGAAGUCGAAGCCGUAGGAGGAACCUUGCAGAGGCUGGUGCUGCAGCAGGAGUUGCAGCCGUUGCAGCUCACGAAAUUGGCAAGCGCAGAGAGCGCAGCAGAGCAUCGAGAUCAAGAGAACGAAGACGUCCAGAGGACGAUUACUACGACGAUCGCCGAGCAGACGAUCCUUAUGCUCCUCCACCUAUGGGCAAUUCCUAUCCACCAUAUCAGAAUAACGAUCCCUAUGCACAGCAAGCCUACCCUGGCGCAAACUACUUCCCGCCACCGCCAAACGGGGAGACAAGCGGCUACGUGGAGCCUCAGCCUGCUUAUGCUCACGCACAGUAUAAUCCCGCUGAUUACGCUGGUCAGCCUGCUACCCAGGCACCUUACGAUCAUCAACAGGCAUACGAUGGCUACGGUGAGCCUUAUCCGGGCCAGAGCCAUCACAAUUAUGCUCGUGACACUCAGUAUGGAGACGAAGGGAGGAGAGGCAGAGAUCCUGAGAAUGUGAGUGCGCCCAUGCCUGUCAACGAUGAGGCUCCAACACCGCGCGAAUCUCAGGAAGGUGAUGGUGUAGCGACUCCACGGCCUCGCUCCACAAGUCGUGUAAGAUUUGACUUGGAGUCAAACAUCGCGCAUUCGCCAGACGCAUCCCGUCGAAAGGACGAUGCAAAACGUGAUGACCCUCGCGAUGAACGACGCUCUUCCGACACUGAGGAUGGCAAGCGUCGGCACCGUCACCGAAGACAUCGCGACAAAGGCAAGGAGAGAGAACGAGAUUUGAGACGCGAUCGUGAAGACGGUGGAGGAAGCAAGCGUGACAGUACCGGACUCAUGCGUGACAAAUAUGAUCGCGACCCGGACGAAGACUCGGAAGGAACGAUUGAUCUGCCAGACCGCUUUGAUGAGCAGGGCAAUCGGAAGUCUGAAGAUCCGCUGGCAGAGAAGAUUAAUGACCUUCUUAGCGGAAAGGGAGGUGCUGGAAACAUCUUCAAGUCUCUGGCUGAAGGAUUUCUGGGUGGUGGUGAGCAGCAUGGCGGAGGUAGUGGCGGCGGAGGUGAAAGCGAUGAUGGUGGUCGUAGAAGACGAUCACGUCGCUGA